UUAAUUAGACGGCUAUCAAACUGGUUAAGCCUCUCACUGCAGGAAAACUUCUCUUCCUUCUGUCUCAUCAUGAACCUGGCAUCUUUAUUGCUCUUUAUAGUUUUGGAAGUCAUGACUGUAAACUGUCAGGGCAUUCCACAGGAACGUAUAGUGGGAGGGUACGCACCAGUUCCACAUUCCAUCAAGUACAUUGUGUCAAUCCAGACAACGACCCGCAAGCACUUCUGCGGUGGCUUCCUGAUUAACAAAUUCUGGGUAAUCACAGCAGCACACUGUAACAUCGGGGUAAACAGAAUGGUGAUAGUAGCAGGAGACUACUCUUUGGCGAUUUAUGAAGGCACAGAGCAGGAAGUCUACCCACAGUUUUUGGUUCCCCAUCCUCAUUACAACAGUACAACAAACAACAGUGACAUCAUGCUUAUUAAGCUGAGGGAACCUAUCUACCUGAACAGCUUCGUGUCCAUCGUUCUGCUGCCCAAGCAGGAUGCUUCCUUAGCAGAGGGCACAAUGUGUCGCGUGUCGGGCUGGGGAUACACCAGCCCCACCGGGGGCCAGAUUCCAGCCACCCUUCGGACUGUCACACUUCCUGUUGUCUCUACAGAACAAUGUAACAGCACAAAGUCGUUUGAUGGCAGUAUUACAGACAAAAUGCUGUGUGCCGGCUACAACACUGGGGGAAAGGAUGCCUGUCAGGGUGACUCAGGUGGCCCACUUGUCUGCAAUGGAAGGGCCUAUGGAGUGGUGUCAUGGGGAAGAGGAUGUGCGGAUGCUGGAUAUCCUGGAGUCUACACUGCUGUGUCCAAGUUCCGCCACUGGAUAGACAACACAAUAUUUAGCUACUACAGCAGAUGUAAUAAGAAUUAGAGCUCAGUGUUAACUCAUUGGAGACAUAACUUCCUGAUUUCACUGUUGCCUCUGAUCUAAUUUUUUGCGUGAUAUGUCAGGUGCACAUAGUGGUAUAUAUUCAGGGAUGGGUCCAUAUUUUAGGAAAUAGUCAUAUUUGCUUUCAGUCUGAGAGAGAUUUCUUAUUGACUCCAAACAGCCAUACAAUUAUGAGCAUUGUCAGAUGAAAUAAGUAAUCCUAAAGAUGAACAAGAAAGUUGACACUUGUUAGCCCUGGAAAGUAAAAGAGAAAUCAGCCCCAUUACAACGUUUCAAGUUUAUUCUGAAAAGCAACGAGUUUAAAGGAGAAUUUUCCAAACGUGGUUCUCAGGUUCAGUGUUUUGCAUGUUUUAUGUGUUUGUGCUGCCACACACCUGUUUGAAAAAAAAAUGGCUGAUGGACAAUUGGAAUACCUUCUGCAGCAAUAGAUGAACGUUAUAAACUCAUUUCACACAUUUAGAAACUUCUUAAACAUGCAUGAUGAACGGGCCUUACUCUUCAGUGUGUUCCCAGAAAGCACAAGGUGCCCCAUCUCAGUUCUUUAUCUUUCUUAAAACAAUUAAAUGCAAUUCUUAAAUAACUUUAAUCAAAAUGUUGCAUGUGUCACAGAGACUUCCCUUCCAGCGCUUGAUUUGCACCUUUUCACAUGUGACUUUCAUUCACUUGUCUGUAAGGAUUCUUAAAAUGUUUUUUACUCUACUUCUUUAUUUAGUAGUUUCAGUUUUGUGCCAAUAUCUUAAGUACGCUUGCAUAUCUCUUAUAUUUAGCUUUAACAUUUUCAGCUUAUUACCAUGAUUAAUUAAGUUAAUUUCUACUUUGUCAGUGCUUGGUACUGUAUGAACAUUUAAUUGAGAACCACCAAAUAUAGACCAGGCAACGUCUAUAGCCCAGUAGUGCUAGUAUCUAAAGUGUCUAAUUCUGUCACAUUGAAGGAAAUAAAAGGAAAUUUCUUUUUUUUUAUCAAAAUGUACACAUGUUUGAACUUUUUCGGCUUUUUUGGAUGUUUUUGUUAGAAAAUAUUUUCUGCAUCGAAAAAUGACAAUAGAAAUUACAUAACAUGGGUGAGUCUGCUUGGCUUUAUAGCAGUAAACAAUAGAUAUCAAAGCUAAUUCAGAUAGCAGAGAAAAUUAGAAUGUCUACAAAUACACAUGCUCUCAACAAAAAUAUAAGUGCAACACAUUUGGUUUUGCUCUCAUUUUUUAUGAGAUGAACUCAAAGAUCUAAAACUUUUUCCACAUACACAACGUCACCAUUUCCUUUAAAUAUUGUUUACAAACCAAUCUAAAUCUGUGAUAGUGAGCACUUCUUCACUGAGAUAAUCCAUCCAGCCUCAGUUGUGCCACAUCAAGAUGCUGAUUGAACACCAUGAUUAGUGCACAGGUGUGCCUUAGACUGCCCACCAUAAAAGGCUCCUCUGAUAGGCAGCUCAUCUCCUCCAGGAUGAUAUGGGUGAAACUUAACAAAUUCUGUAGUAUGGGAGAAUAGAGAUAGAAUGAAGCAGAAUGAAGAAAAGUGGUCCCCUUGUGAUCCAGCAGCGUUAACAUAUAGCAGCAUAAAUAUAGAAAAUAGCACAGGAUAACCUACUUAUUUUGAGUGUGGUAAAAGAAACGUAGAGCCGCGGUAGGGUAGAGUCCUGCACGGGUCGAGUUUUACCAACCCGCACCCGCCCGAACCCGUUAGGAUGACUACCGAACCCGACCCGUCACCCGCGGAUAUCUUCAAUUCAAAUCCGAA